GAGUUGUAAGUCCGUCAGAUUUUUGUUUGGGGAAAUUUACUGCUUGCAACACGGCUUGCAGACUCACUGCUGCUGGUUUGCUUUACGUCAUCGCGUUGCGGUGGCAGUCUCUCAGUGUCAGGGGUAGUGUUUUCUUGUCGUGAAGGUUUUGACCAUGUUUCUCCCGAAAACGGAGUUCGACCUGCGCUUCAAACCGAGCCGAGGCAGGCUGUACUCCACAAGAUGCUGUGGAUGCUGCCAUGUCCGAACGGGAACCAUCAUACUCGGUACUUGGUACAUGGUUGUAAACCUACUGAUGGGGAUCCUGCUGACUGUGGCCGUUACCCACCCAGAGAACGUCCCAGCCGUCGACAUGCAGUAUGAAGUUAUCGAGCACUACUUUGUCUCAGAAAGGAUGUCAGAAAAUGCCUCUGUGGGUUUUGCCAUGUCUUUGCUGAUGCUCACUAUCAGUGCAAUGAUGGUGUAUGGGGCCAUAACUUAUCGUGAUGGCUGGAUGAUUCCCUUCUUCUGCUAUCAGCUGUUUGACUUUGCCCUGAGUUGCUUAGUGGCAAUCAGUUCUUUGACAUACCUGCCCCGGAUCAAGGACUACCUUGACCAGCUGCCUGACUUUCCCUACAAGGACAACCUGCUGUCCCUUGACAACAGCUGCCUGCUUCUCUUUGUCCUUGUGUUCUUUGCAUUCCUCAUCAUCCUCAAGGCCUAUCUGAUCAACUGUGUGUGGAACUGCUAUAAGUACAUCAACAACCGACGUGUGCCUGAGAUCGCAGUGUACCCCUCUUUUGAAGCACCCCUCCAGUACACCCUGCCUACAUAUGAGAAUGCAGUGAAGAUCCCUGAAAAGGACCCCCCUCCCCCCUACAGGCUUGCCUGAAGGUUGACUGCCACACUGACCCCCGUGUGAUGUUCUGCCUUUGCCACACCUUCAUAGAAAUGAGGAUGUCCAACUCAUGUUAAUCUUUCUUAGAACCAACAAGCUGAAGAAACCUACUCACUUGACUUGUGGUUGCUUUCUUCCUCUUGUCUUCUCAUCCUUCAUUUUUUUUUUUUUAAAUUCUGAUUAAAAGAAUAUUCUGACUUCAGUAUAACUUUCAUGCUUAAGUCUUGUUUUCCAAUCAGUAUAAAAUAAUUCUAAGAAGUUAACUUGGGUACUUUAUGCGGUAUCAUUUUCUUAUUUCAUCUUUUUAUGGUUUAAGAUGAUUAGUACAGUUAUUCAGUUAAAGGUUGCAAUGUCUUAAGGGAAUUUCAGUUUAAGUCCAAGUGUCUAUCCAGUAGUCCCUUUUCAAAGUAAACUGUGCUGUCUUUGUGUGAAGGAAUUAAACUCAAAUGCUGUGAGCUUGAUUCAGAGAUGCCUCCCCUUACUGGUCCUGUCUUUCAGUGACCAGCUACAAUUGUGAACAGUGGAUUUAUCUCUUCCAUUUCUAUUGGUUCCAUGCCUUGUGGAAAGAAUGAACUUCAGACAAAUAUGCAUUAAUUCUUUGAUUGUAUUGAGUCAUACAAAAUUCUGAUGUUUUCAUGUUGUACUCACUAAAAAUUAUUUGAACCUAUGGGGAAGAAAAGAUAAUGCAUUAAUACCAUGACUAUAUAAAGUUGAGUUCAGUUGUCCCCGGUUCAGUAAUUCGUUUGGAAAACAGAUGAUUGAGAGAAAAUGUUUGGCAAAGAAAAAUGAUUAAAAUCGGCAUUAUCGUA